UUGGAGAAUACGUGGUCUCUCACCUACUUUCCCAACAUCAUGGAACGCUUGGGCCGGCUGGAUUGGGCUGAGCGACAAAUGGAGCUGGCUCAGGGCUUCCUUACGGGUAACAUCUUUGAUUGGGGUGCAUCUGAAGCAGUUCGCUUCUUCACACAAUCUCAGGACUCAGUCGAUGGCAUGGCUUCCUUUGAGCAGGCUCUCGCUAAGCUUCAGUUCGAGUUCUUGAACUGGUAUUCACUUGAAACGCUUGCCGCUCCUAUGCCCUCUUCUCCUUUGAAGCCACGACCGUGGUUGGUAGAUGACUUCUCACGAUGGCUUGAACGAAUCAGCAAUCCUGCAGAUCGGCCCAGAUGUGUGCUCAUCUUUUGCGAUAACAGUGGAGCUGACUUGAUCCUCGGUGUUCUGCCUUUUGUGGUGGAGUGCUUGGACUGGGGUAGCAAGGUCAUAUUGACUGCGAACUCGGUUCCUGCCAUCAAUGACGUGACCUAUCGUGAACUUCUCUUCCUCCUCAACGAGGUGGCUGGUCUUGAAAAUCGGCUUAAGCAGGCUCUGGAAAGUGGCAGACUGAUGUGUGUGGACAACGGACAGAGUUCGCCGUGCCUAGAUCUGCGACAGACUUCACAUCGUCUUGUUCAACUGGUGAAGCAGGAGAAGGUUAGACUUUUCCACCCUAUCAGAUACCUUGUUGCUCACAGGAGGAAAUCUGCUGUCUAG